GUCGCGGGCCUGCUCGCACCGGACUCGCCCCUGCGCUACCUGCGCAUGAUGCGCGCCUUCCGCGUCUUCCGCCUCUUCAAGCGCGUCAAGUCGCUGAACAAGAUCGUCGUGUCGCUGGGCAAGGCGAUGCCGGGCGUCAUGAACGCGUUCCUCAUCCUGACCUUGGUCAUGUGCAUCUACGCGAUCCUGGGCUACGAGUUCUUCCACAACUACCCCUGCGGCGACACGGGCGGGCCCGCGUCCUGCGCCUUCCUCUCCAAGGUCGAGGGCCAGUGGGACCCGCUCACGGAGAGCCCGCCGCCCAUCAUGUGCGAGAAGGGCGACGCGCCGGGCUACGGCCUCCUCACGGAGUGCCGCGCGCAGUACACCUUCGGCCAGGAGUACUUCGGGAACUUCCUCAAGUCCUUCUACACGCUCUUCCAGGUCCUCACGGGCGAGUCCUGGUCCGAGGCCAUC